CUUUCUACAAGGUGCAGCCACACUCUCGUGUGCAGCCACGUACACGCCUUCCGCAAUGUUUGGAUCUAUCUCUGUUCCUCGUCUGCUUGUGUUGUUCUUGUGUGCAGAUCUGCACAGCCAAGUAUUGAUGAGGCGCCUUGGUGGUGCUCUUCGGCCGCUGCCUCUCAGCCCUUCAUCUCCUUCAUCGCCACCAGUGUGCCCUCCUCCGCUUUUGGUGAGGCAAUGGGCUCCAUCUCCGUUUCCGCCACCUGGAGCCGCAUCGAUAUCGAGAUGGCCACAGACACAGCAGAUGGCCUCUUGCCGCUCCCCCGCCACCACCCUCAUUCCUCCGUCGCCCUCUGACAGCCCCAUCAGCAGUGAUCCAUCCAACUGGCAGCGCAGUCUCGGCGGCAUCCGUCGCUUCAGCACGCGCAAUUUGCACGGGCGGCUGUUUUACAAGCGGCGUCCGAAGAUGGUGCCCAAGUUCCUGCCGCGCAACUGGCGUGUCAAGUGGCUGGAGGGCGCGCCCAAUAAGAAAGGCGUGUGCGUCAAGGUGUACGUGACGACGCCCAAGAAGCCCAACAGUGGCCUUCGUAAGGUGGCGCGGGUCAAGCUGUCGACUGGCAAGACGGUGACGGUGCACAUCCCGGGCAUCGGGCACAACCUCAACGUGCACUCGGUGGUGCUGGUGAGGGGCGGGCGGCUGCAGGACGUCCCGGGCGUCAACUACAAGGUCGUCAGGGGCAAGUAUGACUGCCUGCCCGUCAAGAACCGAAAAUCAAAACGAUCCAAGUAAGGCAGACACAGAGGCAGACGCACGGAAAGGCCCCCGAACACACACCCGCCGGCUGCUCUCCGUGCCGCUGUGUGCUCUCAGGUACGGUGUGAAGUUGCCAGCUGAUAGGAAGCAGUGGCGCAUCGACCGCCUCAACAAGAAGUGGCUGACGACGGCCAAGGACCGGGAGCGCUUCAAUCAGUUCAAGUGGUUCAACUACCGCCAUCCCGACGGCACACGGAUGCUGGAGCCGCUCAAGGAGGGCGAGGAGGUGCCGCCCGUGCCGUGGUUUAAUUUCAAAUACCGGUGUGUGAUGAUGCAAAAUGCUGGCACCCGGGACGGUGCGUGAUUCUUUGUUUGUUGUGUGCAGGGAAUACUUGAGGAAGAAGGAGGCCGGCGCCAAGACAUGAAUGACAAGGGUGGGCUGGCUAUGGCUGGCUGCUGCCUGUCGACAUGCAUGCGUGGAAGUGUGUGCAUUGAUUGAGUGAGUGCUUCUGACUGAUGCCUCACUUCACUUGGGUGUGUGAUUGUGACAAGAUUCUUCACACAUCAAUUGGUGGCUUCGAUACGUGUGUACAGACGAUCGCCAGUGAGUGAACGUUACUCAAUCGUGCAUCUGUACACAG